AUGAGUUCUGAAGUUCAUGAUCAAAUUAGAGAUAAAUUUUCUGAAGUUUUCAAAAGAGAAUCAGCCAUUAAUCAAGCACAUCCUUUUGAAGCAUUUGCCAUUCUAUUCUUAUUAGUUGUUUGGCCAUUAAUGGAGACUCAAUAACAUUAAGAAGUUCAUCUGACAAUCAGAGUCUUACUUCUAUCAUCAUUAAUGGGAAUACUAAAGAAAUCAAAGAAAAAAAUUUAAAUACAUGGUAAUGUAGUGAUGUAUUUGGGGAUUUUUAUACAAAUAUUGAGUAGCAUCCUUUAUAUAUAUCACAAAUAAAGGUAAAUAAAUAUAAUAUUAUUAUCUAAAGCAAUGAGCAUUGCCAAAAUUACCUUGUUACAGUUGGUUUCUUGUUGUUUAUUUGUAAUCGAUUUUCUUUGACAAAUGUGCGAAUCAUCUCUUAUUCAAUUUCAUUAUUCUCAUUAAUUAUUCAGGUAUUAUUAUAAAGUCAAAUCUUUAUCAUUCUUAAGUAUUGUACUCUGGCAAUAAUAGGAAUUGAAGGUUCAAUAUGGAAAAUGCAUUAUUGGAAUAAAGAAUAAAAUAAGAAAUUGUAUGAUUUUGGAAGAGAGUUAGAAUAUUUAAAAGGUGAUUACAUUGAAUAAAUUAAUAAAAUAAAUGAAAAGGUAGAAUCUCCAAUAUAAGAAUAAAUUUCAUCUAGGGCUAAUGAUUUAUUAAGAAAACUGAGAUUAUUAAAAUACCAGUAAUUAUUAAUUAAAAGUAAUAAUAUACAGAAAGGAAUAACACGUAAACCUAAUAAAUUAAAUUCUGAAAUUCAUAAAAAUUCAUUUUCUGCUAGAUAAUUACCUGAUUAACAUGAAGAUGAUCGUAGUUCAAUAGAAGAGAGUUUAAUAGAGGAUGUUGAUAAAUAAAAUAAUAAUUAAGAUAAUAAUGAUAUAAAUAAUAAUAAUCCUCCAAUAUUUAUAAGAAAAUCUUAUAGAAUGAUGACAAGUGCAACAGAUUAAAUGUAAUAUAGAAAUAAUGAAAAUUCAUAAAGUGCAUCAUUUUAAGAGAAAAAUUAAGAAGAAGUUUAAAUAACAAUUGAAGAUAUAGAUGAUUUAUUGAAUUUAUUAUCAAGUAAAAAAGAUACUAUUUGGCUUCCUAAAUUUUUAAGAAGUAAUCAAUUAAUAAAUGAAUAGGAAGGUUUUACAAUAGAUGCAAAAUAGUAAUAAUUUUGAUUAAUAAUUAUAGAUUUCUAUUGUCUCAUUUUACAUAAAGAUAACCUUCAUUUUAAUUUAUUGAUGUUGUAGAUGAUUUUGAUUCAGAUGAUAUUUUUGAUGAAAUUGAUUUUAAUAUAGAUUAUUUAUAAUAUUGGAAAUUAUAGGAUAAUAUUUAAACAAGAGUAUUUAUAGAAACAUCUAUUAAUUUAUUUAAAAGAUUUAGAAUUGCUUAAACAUUAAAGAUAUAAAAAUAAGAUAUGAUUGGUGAUUUUGCUCUUAAAUUGUUUAUGUAAUAUCAUAACAAUUUAUAUCAUAAUUCAUUACAUGCAUUAGAUGUUGCUAAUUCUACUGCUUUCUUUUUGAAAAAUGGUUUAAAUGAAUAAUUAGAUGAAUUUGAAUAAGCUUGUUUAAUAGUUUCAUCACUUGCUCAUGAUUUAGGACAUCCUGGAUUAAAUAAUGGAUUUAUGACAACCAAUAAAUGUAAAUUAGCAUUAUUAUGUAUUAAUAUACUUAAAUAAAUAUAGAUAAUGAUUAAAGUGUAUUGGAAAAUUACCAUUCAUUUCUUUUGUUUUAAAUCUUACAAUAAGAAUAAUUUAAUUUAAUUUAAAAUCUUGGAUUACCAGAAUAGAAAGGAUUUAGAAAAUAUUGUUUAAAUUUAAUUUUAGAUACAGAUUUAACAAAACAUUUUUAAUUAAUGAAUAGAUUUUAGAAUUAUUUAGAUUUAUCUGAAUCUUAAGUUAAUGAUAAAACAUUAGUGAUGUCUAUUUGUAUAAAAUGUGCAGGUAUUUUUUAUUAUUUAAAUUUAAGAUGUUGGUCAUGGAGCUAAAUAACUUAAAAUGCAUAAAUAAUGGAGUCGUAGAAUUAUUGAAGAAUUCUUUUUAUAGGGAGAUUUGGAAGAUUAUUUAAAAGUUCCUAUUUCUCCAAUGUGUGAUAGAAAAUAAAGUGUAGUAAAGUCAUAGGAAGGUUUUUUAAAAGCAAUUGUUUUACCAAUGUUUAAUGCUUUUGCUAAUUUAUUAUAAAAGUAUUUUUGUGAUAUAUUGUAUUUAGUGAGAAAGUGAAUUCAAUAUGUAUAUCAUAGAUCCAUGAAAAUUUAUAAUAUUGGCAAUAAUAAAUUAAUGAUGAAGAGUUUAUGAUGGAGACUUAUGUUGAAUCUUCUGGAGUAGAAAACUUAAAGAAAUUUUUGAAUUAGCCUCUAUAACUUAAUUUAUGA